AUGGAUGCAUGGAAGGGAGGGGGCAAUACCUCCAGAGCUGGCACGCCUACGGCUCGCCGUCCUCACGGCCGAACACGCAGACACGCCGCACGCCCCGCCGUCGCUAGGCCCCGCCCCAACCUGCCCUGCGGCGAGAGGAGCUGCCCCGCGAGCAGGCCGAGGCUCCCCACGAGGGGCGCGCCCGACCAGCGCGAGCGCCAGAUCCCGCCGCCGCCGGCCGCCAGCGGGGUUUGCCCGCCGACGAUCGCCCACGACGAGCGCCAGAUCCCGCCGACGAGCGCCGCCAGCACGCAGCCCGCCUCGUGCAGCCCUCCACGCCAGCCACCGUUGCAGCCCAGCGUCGCCGCGUCCCGCACAACGCCGCGUUCCGGCCAGGGUAGAUCGCCUCACGGCGAGCCCGCCUCGCGAGAAGGAGAGAACGCCCCGCCGCCGCCCAUGCCGGGCGGGCUUCGCCCGCCGGCACGCCCUGGCGGCGGCGAGGGGAGGGAUGGGGAGAGGGACGCGGUUCGGCGGCGGCUAGGGUUUCCUCCCCUGCCGCCCGUGGGAGCGCCAGAGGAGGACGGGUCCACUCCUGCUAGUUUGUAG